GGUGUGUUUUUGUUGCAGCACCUGUUAGCGUGCUUGUAGUUUCGCGAGCGGUGAAGUUAAAUUUAUUGAAAUUCCACAACAUUCUUGUCGUAAAUGGGGCUGUAGCAGAAAGACAAUGGCAUCUUUGUGGUCAAAAAUCUCAGCUGCUCUACCAGUUAAUGAGGAACAGUUUCCCCUGCAGUUCGGUGACAAGGUUGAGUCUAGUGUGUUGGAAARGCUGAAGCGAUCCAGACAGCAGCUGUACAGCAACACAACAACAAGUGCCAGCCAAACGCUUAAUGCUCAGAUCAUUUUGGACAUUUCAUGGGAGAGACUCAACACCGGGACGUGGCGCCAUGUGGAGAAAGACUGGAGGCGUGUUUACUCCUACGGCUGCCUGUUCAAAGUGGCUGCAAUGUGUCGAGAAAACCRAUCAGAGGACGAGAUCCUGGAGGCUGUCAGGACUUGUGACAUGGGUUUACUCAUGGGUGCAGCCAUCAUGGACAACAUGCUUCAGGCUUUUGUUCGGAUUCUGCAAAGUGAAAUGAGAAAUGUUGAAGAAGAAGAUAAAAGUGAAUGUGUUGAAGCAAAGAGAAUAAAGAUUGUGAGCCCACGUGUGCCUUUAAUCAAAGAGGAGUUGGCUGUUCCCAGAAUUAAGUCUCCUUCACUGGAAAGCUUCAAUAAAAACUACUUGCUUCCUCUCCAACCGGUGAUUUUAGAAGGGAUAAUCGACCACUGGCCCGCKCUCAGCAACCAUUCGUGGAGCAUAGAGUACUUGAGGUCUGUGGCCGGCUGCCGGACCGUUCCUGUAGAGGUGGGAUCCAGGUACACAGACGAGGACUGGUCGCAAACGCUGCUAACGGUCAACGAGUUUAUUGACAAAUACAUUUUGAAUAAAGUCCAGAGUUCUCAAAAUGGAGAGAAAGCUUUGGGUUAUCUUGCUCAGCACCAGCUUUUUGAUCAGAUACCAGAGCUAAAAGAAGACAUUCGCAUCCCGGAUUAUUGUWGUCUGGGUGAAGGAGACGAGGAUGAUAUUACUGUAAACGCAUGGUUUGGACCCGCAGGCACGGUGUCUCCUCUCCACCAGGACCCUCAGCAGAACUUCCUGGCUCAGGUGGUGGGAAGCAAAUACGUUCGCCUGUAUUCCCCAGAGGACACAGACAAGCUUUACCCUCAUCAAUCACAGCUUCUCUACAAUACCAGUCAGGUGGAAGUGGAGAAUCCAAAUGCUGAACGCUUCCCUGAGUUUGUCAAGGCUUCAUAUCUGGAAUGUGUCUUACAGCCUGGAGACGUGCUGUUCAUCCCCGUCAAACACUGGCAUUACGUCCGAUCYUUAGAAGUGAGCUUCUCAGUCAGCUUCUGGUGGUCAUAAUUUCCUAUUUAUAAUAAUGAAAUGUUUAGAAUUGCAGGACAGAAAGCAUAUUUCACACCUCCUUUUAUGCCAGAGUAUUAAACUAAGUUUAGACACAUAAAAACGGGAGGUUUUCUGCUACAGUGAGAUGAGAUCAAUCAAGUGUUUUAGCUUAUGUGAAGCUAAUUGUCAUAAAUAAAAGGAAACACUGAUCACACAAACCUUUGACUCAUAAACAGAAGCUGCUAGAUGAUUGGUUUUAUUUAGCUGCUGAUGAGUGAAGCAACACCCUUUGUGUGAAAAACCCAACAAAACAUCAGUGCUGUUAGUCAUCUGAAAUAAUAUGUAACUCUUUGGAAAUUGGCUUAUUUAAUUGCCUCCUCACCUUUAUUCACACAAACAUCCUACGAGGUGUGAUUUCCAUAAUUCAGGAAAAUGAGACAAGUUCUCAAAUUUAAUAACUGAGUGAGCUGCAAGUACAGACAUGAACUAACAACUGCAACUCUUUGAGUAAACUGACAGUCUGAAGCAAUCAGGCAGGUGACGCACAAAAAAAAGGUAUUAUAUUAAAUAAACUGAACCCCAGGGCAUACACAAGGCUUUGAAUUUAAAACAGCCUCUCUGGAUGAAUGUCUUUAACAGUGAACUGAGACGAGCGGAUUUCAAGCUUCAGUCGUGUAUCCUACAGGUCCUUUUCAGUCAAACCUGCCUAUAUCGGCUAUGAUGUGAGGAUGUAACAAAAUUAGGCAGAUCGGCCCUGAUGUGUACGUUUUAUCUGCUUGUCAGCCUAAAUGCACGGUCGGCUAAAGUAGUGCUUUGGGAAAUCAACGGCUGUGGUAGCCAGGUGGAGCUGAAGAGUAGCAGGGAUAAUAAAGUAAAAGAGUUCAAUAAACACAAGAUUUAUAACCGG